CUGUAAUUAACUUGGUCAAUAAAUUUGCAGUAACUUGAGAUCUCGCUUGCCCCAAUAACAACUCCCUUUUUCGCUCUUUCACUCAACUCCCUCACUCCACACACAGUCGCCGAAAGUCCUCUCUCUGCUACAACAACAACAUGCAGCUUCCGUCCUCGGCCACCAUGGCCGCGGUGGUUCUCUCUCUAGCCCUCCUUCUUUGUACCACUAAAGCCCACGAGAUUACCCACAUUCUAGCCAAACAUCCACAGUUCUCCACUUUUAACCAUUACUUAACAACUACACACCUCGCCGCAGAAAUUAACCGCCGGCAAACCAUAACCGUAUGCGCCGUCGAUAAUGCCGGAAUGUCAGAUCUACUCUCCAAACACCUAUCUAACUACGUUAUAAAAAACGUACUCUCUUUUCACGUGCUUCUCGAUUACUUCGACGCUAAAAAGCUUCACCAGAUUACUAACGGUACCGCACUUGCAGCCACUAUGUUCCAAGCCACCGGCUCGGCUACCGGUUCUUCCGGUUUCGUCAACAUUACUGAUCUAAAAGGAGGUAAAGUCGGGUUCAGCCCGGCUGAUUACGAUGGCUCUCCUCCCGCCAAAUUUGUUAAAUCCGUCGAGGAGAUCCCUUACAACAUCUCCGUUAUUCAGAUAAGUACGAUUCUGCCCUCAGCCGAAGCUGAAGCUCCGACUCCAGGACCAAGCCAGAUGAAUCUCACUUCUCUAAUGUCAGCUAAUGGAUGCAAAGUUUUCGCCGAGACUUUAUCAGCUUCUCCUGCUGAAAAGACGUUUGAGGACAAUGUUGAUGGUGGAUUAACAAUAUUUUGCCCCGGCGAUGAUGCAAUGAAGAAUUUUUUGCCUAAGUUUAAGAAUUUAACAGCUGAAGGGAAACAAUCACUGCUAGAGUAUCACGGAGUUCCCAUAUAUCAAUCCAUUUCGAAUUUGAAAUCUAAUAACGGAGAUAUGAACACUUUAGCUACUGAUGGCGCAAAGAAGUACGCUUUCGUUGUUCAAAAUGACGGCGAAGAUGUUACUCUAAAGACGAAAAUUGUGACGGCGAAGAUCACGGCGACUUUGUUUGAUCAACUGCCAGUAGCAAUUUUCUCACUUGAUAAGGUGUUAUUGCCUAAGGAAUUGUUCAAGGCUGCUCAUACUCCGACGCCGGCACCGGCACCGGCACCGGAGGCCGAUGCUGAAUCUCCUAAGCACUCCAAGUCACCACCGGCACCUGCAUCUCCGGCUGAUUCUCCAGCGGAUUCCCCGGCAGAUGGUCCCAACCGUGAUGCUGAUGUUUCCUCGACAGAGAGCGGCGCUGUUAAGUACAACGCCGGAGCAUCACUUGCCGCCGUGUUCAGUAUAUGGUUUACCUUCAAUUUAUUGAUGUAAGUUUUACUUGUAUUUUUCUUAGGUGUUUGACAAAACGAAGCUUGUUUUCUUAGUUUUUAUUUUUUUAAGUUUUACGUGAAACAAUUGAGCCAAUGUGGUCAUCAAAUUAAAGUUUGUAACAGUAUAAUUAGUCUAUUUCUAUA